AACAUGGUCGAGAGGAGCAGUAAAUUCUUGUUGAUCGUGGUCGGAUCCGUGUGUUUUAUGCUGAUUCUCUAUCAGUACGUGGCGCCCGGGGUCAUCAAUUUCGGCUCGCCGCACGGCUACUUCGCCGAGGAGGACGAGGGGGACAUCUUCCCCACGCCGGACCCCCACUACGUCAAGAAAUACUUCUUCCCGGUGCGAGACCUGGAGCGGACCGUCGACUUUCAAAUCAAGGGGGAGGACGUGAUCGUGUUCCUGCAUAUCCAGAAGACCGGCGGGACUACGUUUGGCCGCCACCUGGUGCAGAAUGUCCGCCUGGAGGUGCCGUGCGACUGCCGGCCGGGACAGAAGAAGUGUACCUGCUACCGGCCCAACCGCAAGGAGACCUGGCUCUUCUCGCGGUUCUCCACCGGCUGGAGCUGCGGCUUGCAUGCCGACUGGACCGAGCUAACAAACUGCGUGCCCGGGGUUCUCAACAAGAAGGAGAGCAAGCAGAAGAAUCUAAGCAGGAAGUUCUACUACAUCACUCUACUGAGGGACCCGGUGUCGCGUUACCUGAGCGAAUGGCGUCACGUGCAACGCGGGGCCACGUGGAAGACCUCGCUGCACAUGUGCGAUGGACGCACGCCCACGCCCGAGGAGCUGCCGUCAUGCUACGAUGGCUCCGAUUGGUCGGGGUGCACUCUGCAGCAGUUCAUGGACUGUCCCUACAACCUGGCCAACAACAGACAGGUGCGUAUGUUGGCCGACCUGAGUCUGGUUGGCUGCUACAACAUGUCGACAGUGCCUGAGAAGAAGCGGGCGCAGCUCCUCCUGGAGUCAGCCAAGAAGAACUUGCGUGACAUGGCCUUCUUCGGCCUGACCGAGUACCAGAGGAAAACCCAGUUCCUGUUUGAACGCACCUUCAGACUGCGAUUCAUCCGGCCCUUCAUGCAGUACAACAGCACACGUGCCGCUGGGGUGGACUUGGACAACGCUACGGUGCAGCGUAUCGAGGAGCUGAACGAACUAGACAUGGAGCUGUACGACUACGCCCGGGAUCUUUUCCAGCAGCGCUACCAGUUCACCAGGCAGCAAGAGCGACGGCUGCAGCGCAUCAAGAACCACACACAGCAAAGCCGGCAGGGCGCGGGCUCCGGCCCGUGGCCCUCGGCCCGCCGCCAUCCCCCCGACCGGGGCGAAGAGCGGGACGAUGAGGACGAGGAGGGCGGCCGUACGGAGGAGGCGGCGGGGGGCGGCCGACUCCCCACCGAGGACUACAUGAGCCAAAUCAUCAACCGCUGGUAG